GCAACGAAGUUGAACUCGUUUUUAUUUUUAUAAAGAAAAUAACUGCAUAUCAGCUGAAUUUGAUGUAGAGAAUUAAGACAAAGAUAUGUGACAUUUGUAGUCUUAUUUAAUGCUUGAAGAUGAAUUGUUGGGUUAAUCUGUUUUAAGUGGUACACAGAUUAUUUUUCCAUUAGAAUGUUACAUGACGUUUUUAGUCAUGCUGUCUUGCAAUAAAUGUUACAGUAAGAUGUGUUGACACGAGAAGCUAAGCGGGAAUGCACUAGUAUAGGAUCUUUUGAUUUAUUUGAAAAAAGGACAAGUUUAUGUUGUGUAUAAGAAGACACCUUAGUUAUGGAUGUGCAAAGUAUUACCAUUGAUAUAUAUAGUAUAUGUCUUUUUCAUCUUUUAUUUUGAAUAGCCCAAUUUAUUUUUCAUUGAAGUUGAUAUUUCGAUUAUACUUUUCCAUUUUGAAUUGUUGAGAAUUUAAAAGAAGAUACGCGGAUGAGAGAUUGAGGGUGUUGUGUCUGAAUUCAUGUGAAGUGUAUCGGUGUAACCUUGUUUGUGAAGUAAUGGUUAGGAGAGGCUUUUUACACAGCUUCUGUAAAGUGUGCACAUGCUUUGAAUGCAAUCAUAUCCAUUGGUCACAUAGAAAAAAAUCAGUUUGUGUUUUUGCAAAUGCUCAGUUAUUUAGGACAAGAGCAAGACAUGUUUAUUCUGAAUAAACCAAUUGUAAAACUAUGUGAUUUGGAUUCCCUUCCACAAACUCGAGACUAAUCGCAGUUAUCUUUCCUUUGACAGCUCCUCAGGAGAUUUGAGCAGAUAAUGUUGACGUCUAAGAGUUAGAGAGGUUUACAUACUGUUUACAUAACUCUGCAGUCAGAGUGAUUGUAUAAAGAAAAUGUUUUUGAAACAAAAUGCUUAAAAACAAUUUAUGUAUUCAUGAUCUUUUUUAAAGUCAUUUUUCAAUGGUAAUUUGAAUUUUUUUUGGAUGAACUUGGAGCAUAUUAUGUAGGUUGAUGUAUUGACAGACUAAUAUGAAUGGACAACUAAUUUUAGGCCAUGCUUAUUUCCAUUGACUGGAGAUGCUGUGUGUGGGGUCCAGUAGCGUGGGAAGACUCCGGAUGUUAAUGAUAGAACAUUUGCCAAGCUCAUGAUGAGCUCAGCUUUGGACAGAGAAAAGGAUUCCUAUGAAAAGCAAUUGAAAGAAAAAGCCAAAGCGGGUGAACUGCGUGUAGUGAAUGGCAGUGACUCGCAGAAACAAGCAGCAGCCGCUGCUGCAGAGAAAAAGAAGCGGCGCUGGGACCAGGCUACGGACGACUCGAGUGCCAAGAAAGCCAAGACUACUUGGGACGCUGCAGAAACGCCAUCAAACACCCGCUGGGACGAAACGCCAGGACGCAAGACUGGAGCAGAGACUCCAGGUGCCACCCCUGGACAGAGUACCAGGAUGUGGGAUGCAACCCCUGGACACCUCACCCCAGGGGCCACCACCCCGGGGAGAGAUGCCACACCAGGUCAUCAGAACACACCCAGUGCGCGGAGAAAUCGCUGGGAUGAAACACCUAGAACUGAGAGGGAAACUCCAGGGCAUGGUAGUGGCUGGGCAGAGACCCCCAAAACUGACAGAGGAGGUGAUCUAAUUCAGGACACCCCCACCCCAGGGGCUAGCAAGAGACGGUCCCGAUGGGAUGAGACCCCUGGGGCCCACACUCCAUCAAUGACCCCCAGUGCUAUGACACCUAGCAUGACUCCAGGUAAUCAAACCCCAGGUGGGUCUACACCCAGUGGCUUUACCCCAGGAGGUUCAACUCCGAGUGGGUUUACACCGGGUGGGAUCACCCCCAGCGGUACAACACCAACUGGACCCAAAGCUAUGGCAAUGGCGACGCCCACACCCGGUCACCUGAUGUCUAUGACACCAGAACAGCUACAGGCGUACACAUGGCAGAGGGAAAUUGACGAGAGAAAUCGACCCCUGUCGGAUGACGAACUGGACUCUUUAUUCCCUCCUGGUUACAAGGUUCUACAACCCCCAGCAGGGUAUAUUCCCAUAAGGACCCCUGCAAGGAAGCUGAUUGCCACACCCACACCUAUGGCUGGUACCCCUGUGGGCUUCAAAAUGCAGACCCCUGAUUCAAAGACCCAGAUCGUGGACAUGCAGCCCAAGGGAAACCUGCCCAUGAUGAAACCCGAUGACAUGCAGUACUUUGACAAACUUCUGGUCGAAGUAGACGAAGAAACUCUAUCCCCAGAGGAACAGAAAGAAAGAAAAAUCAUGAAAUUACUUCUGAAAAUCAAGAAUGGAACACCACCUAUGAGGAAGGCAGCUCUCCGACAGAUUACGGAUAAGGCCCGAGAAUUUGGAGCAGGUCCACUGUUCAAUCAGAUCCUGCCCCUUCUUAUGUCCCCCACUUUGGAAGACCAGGAACGACAUUUGCUGGUCAAGGUCAUUGACCGAAUUCUGUACAAACUGGACGACCUUGUUCGGCCGUACGUCCACAAGAUCUUGGUGGUGAUUGAACCUCUGCUGAUCGAUGAAGAUUAUUAUGCCAGAGUGGAAGGUCGAGAAAUCAUCUCUAACCUGGCCAAAGCUGCUGGUCUGGCCACUAUGAUCUCCACAAUGAGACCAGACAUCGACAACAUGGAUGAAUACGUGCGUAACACCACAGCCAGGGCCUUCGCUGUUGUAGCCUCUGCCCUGGGAAUUCCAUCACUACUGCCAUUUUUGAAAGCUGUGUGUAAGAGCAAAAAGUCUUGGCAGGCGAGACACACAGGAAUUAAGAUUGUACAACAGAUUGCCAUCCUCAUGGGAUGUGCUAUCCUGCCACAUUUGAAGAACCUCGUUGAGAUCAUUGAACAUGGACUGGUGGACGAGCAGCAGAAGGUCCGCACCAUCACGGCCCUGGCCCUGGCUGCACUGGCUGAGGCCGCCACACCCUAUGGUAUUGAGUCCUUUGACAGCGUCCUCAAACCUCUUUGGAAGGGUAUCAGGCAACACAGAGGGAAGGGUUUAGCGGCGUUCCUGAAGGCCAUCGGUUACCUGAUCCCAUUGAUGGAUGCUGAAUAUGCCAACUACUACACCAGAGAAGUCAUGCUCAUCUUAAAGAGAGAGUUCCAGUCUCCUGACGAGGAAAUGAAGAAAAUCGUCUUAAAGGUGGUGAAGCAGUGCUGUGCAACAGAUGGUGUGGCACCUCAGUAUAUCAAGGAUGAAAUCCUGCCUCCGUUCUUCAAACAUUUUUGGAAUCAGAGAAUGGCUUUGGACAGACGAAAUUAUAGACAGCUGGUGGACACCACAGUAGAGAUUGCCAAUAAAGUUGGAGCCGCUGAGAUCAUCCAGAGAAUCGUAGAUGAUUUGAAGGAUGAAGCUGAACAGUACAGGAAGAUGGUCAUGGAGACCAUUGAGAAGAUCAUGGGGAAUCUCGGAGCAGCCGACAUUGACUCUCGUCUGGAGGAACAGCUUAUUGAUGGUAUCCUGUAUGCCUUCCAGGAACAGACCACAGAGGAUGUGGUGAUGUUGAAUGGCUUUGGUACGGUGGUGAAUGCUCUGGGUAAGCGCGUGAAGCCUUACCUCCCUCAGAUCUGUGGUACCAUUCUGUGGCGUCUCAACAACAAGUCUGCCAAAGUACGUCAACAGGCAGCUGAUCUCAUCUCCAGAAUCGCAAUCGUCAUGAAAACCUGCCAGGAGGAGCGGUUGAUGGGACACUUGGGGGUGGUGCUGUACGAGUACCUGGGAGAGGAAUACCCAGAGGUAUUGGGAAGUAUCCUAGGUGCUCUUAAGGCCAUUGUUAAUGUCAUCGGAAUGACCAAGAUGACUCCUCCUAUUAAAGACCUUCUGCCACGUCUCACUCCAAUCCUCAAAAACAGACAUGAGAAGGUGCAGGAGAACUGUAUUGAUCUGGUGGGAAGGAUUGCUGACCGGGGGGCAGAGUACGUCUCGGCCAGGGAGUGGAUGAGGAUCUGCUUUGAGUUACUGGAGCUUCUGAAGGCUCACAAGAAGGCUAUCCGCAGGGCCACCGUCAAUACAUUCGGUUACAUUGCCAAAGCUAUUGGUCCACACGAUGUGUUAGCCACAUUACUAAACAACCUGAAAGUUCAAGAGAGACAGAACAGAGUGUGUACAACAGUUGCCAUAGCAAUUGUUGCAGAGACAUGUUCCCCUUUUACUGUGCUCCCCGCGCUUAUGAAUGAAUACAGAGUGCCCGAGCUGAAUGUGCAGAACGGGGUGUUGAAAUCUCUAUCCUUCAUGUUCGAGUACAUCGGGGAGAUGGGCAAGGAUUACAUCUACGCUGUGGCUCCACUCCUGGAGGAUGCUUUGAUGGACAGAGAUCUAGUGCACAGGCAGACGUCUAUGGCAGCGAUACAACACAUUGCCCUGGGGGUAUUUGGCUUUGGAUGUGAAGAUGCUCUCACCCAUCUGUUGAAUUAUGUGUGGCCAAACAUUUUUGAGACCUCCCCUCAUGUUGUUCAGGCGUUUAUGGGAUCUAUUGAGGGGAUGCGUGUUGGCAUUGGUCCAGCCAAAAUUCUACAAUACGCCCUACAGGGUCUGUUCCAUCCAGCCCGAAAAGUCCGCGACGUUUAUUGGAAGGUGUACAACACGGUGUACAUUGGUGCUCAGGACGGCAUGAUCCCUGCCUAUCCCAGAGUUCCAAACGACCACAAAAAUAACUACGUCAGAUACGAACUGGACUAUCUGCUAUAACAGACGAUGACAGUUUUCUUUGUUUGUGUUUUAAUACUAUCAUCUUCAAAUGAACUGGAGAUUCAGUAAGACCUUGGAGUUCAGAGAGAGUACAGACGCCCGGACUUCAAAGAGAAAUUACCAGAGGAAUUUCUUUGUUUUUUAAACUAUUCAUUACAUGCUCAUUUUAUUGUGUGUUUACAUCAUGCAUCUCUUUAAUGUUUGAACUUUAUGUUGUGGUAAUGAACAAUGUGUUAGGUGUAUUAGAAAUUGUUUGGGGGGUUGGGGGGGUUGGAGGAAAUAAGAGUUGGAGGACUAGGUCCCUUCCUUAAGUUUUAAAAAAAUAGUGGUUUAUUUGUAUCAAGAAGCCAACAAUGGCAGUUCAUAUUGUAAUGAAAUUCACAUGCAAUGUUUGUUUCAUAUAGGAAAAGAGAUUGUCCUCUUCUUUCCCAUUUCAUCAGGAAAACAUUCAUACAUACAUGUCCAAUUAAAACUGUAUGACCCACCCCAUUUGACACAAUAAAAAUCUUGUGUAUGUCAAAACUAGGCAUACAUGUGUUUAAAUUAUUCAAUUUAUAACCACUGUGGUGAGAAAGUAUUAAAUGGUAAGAAAUUGUGCAUUUUGUCACAACAAUGAGAUGCUGUUGUUGACAUUGAUGAACAGUUUAACGAAGUCAACACAUUUGUAUUUUGCCGAAAUCGUUUGCCUAUGAAGAAUUGAAAGCCCACAAGUCCAAACCAAAUGCAUGUUCUUUUUCUCUUCAGUUUUCUAACACAUUGUGCUGCCUUUAUUGAGUCCCCCAACAAUUUCAUUUUCCUUCCUAUUGGCAAUAGAAAAAAAAUCUAUGGAUCGUACAGCUUUAUAACUCAGAUUUUGAUCAGUCAAUUAUGAAAUGAUACUUGUAAUAAAUGUGAUAAUAUC